GCAGGUUAUGAGGACUAUAUAGGGUUCUUGUGCACGACACCUGGUAUUGAUGCUCACGAGAUAACAAACUUCACAAACACUCCCUGCAAUUUCAAAAUGGUUCAUCCUUCAAACUUCAACACGCCAUCCAUAGCCAUAUCUCAUCUCGUGAGAACACAAACCGUGACGAGAAGAGUAACAAAUGUUGCAGAUGAAGAAGAAACAUACACAAUCACAUCGAGGAUGGAGCCAGCAAUCGCCAUAGAAGUGAGUCCUCCUGCAAUGACAGUAAGAGCGGGCGCUUCUAGAACCUUCUCGGUGACUCUAACAGUGAGAUCAGUGACCGGAGCUUACAGCUUCGGAGAGGUUACAUUGAAAGGAAGCCGAGGGCAUAAAGUGACUCUCCCAGUGGUUGCUAUGGGACAAAAGAGAUGAAGAAAAAAUAUGAGAUUUUGUAAUAUUAUUUUUGUAAUAUGCAGUAAUAAUAAGGUAGUUUUGUGUCUUGAGUAUAAAAGAAUAACACAGUUUGUAUAAUUAGUUUAUUUUUGUUUGUCUUUUUAAAAACUCAAUUUAUGAGAUAAUAAUAGUAAUAAUAUGAUUAAA